AUGUACAGCUUCAAUACUCUUCGACUCUACCUUUGGGAGACCAUUGUAUUCUUCAGCCUUGCUGCUUCUAAGGAGGCUGAAGCUGCCCGCUCCGCACCCAAGCCUAUGUCUCCCUCGGACUUCCUGGAUAAGCUCAUGGGGAGAACCUCUGGAUAUGAUGCCAGGAUCAGGCCCAAUUUUAAAGGUCCCCCGGUGAAUGUGAGCUGCAACAUUUUUAUCAACAGCUUUGGUUCCAUUGCUGAGACAACUAUGGACUACAGAGUCAACAUCUUCCUGCGGCAACAGUGGAACGACCCCCGGCUGGCCUACAAUGAAUACCCAGACGACUCUCUGGACCUGGACCCAUCCAUGCUGGAUUCCAUCUGGAAGCCCGACCUGUUCUUUGCCAACGAGAAGGGGGCCCACUUCCACGAGAUCACCACGGACAACAAACUGCUGAGGAUCUCCCGGAAUGGCAAUGUCCUCUACAGCAUCAGAAUCACCCUGACCCUGGCCUGCCCCAUGGACCUGAAGAAUUUCCCCAUGGACGUCCAGACGUGUAUCAUGCAACUGGAAAGCUUUGGAUACACCAUGAAUGACCUCAUCUUCGAGUGGCAGGAGCAGGGAGCCGUGCAGGUGGCAGAUGGGCUAACUCUGCCCCAGUUCAUCCUGAAGGAGGAGAAGGACUUGAGAUACUGCACCAAGCAUUACAACACAGGUAAAUUCACCUGCAUUGAGGCCCGGUUCCACCUGGAGCGACAGAUGGGCUACUACCUGAUCCAGAUGUACAUUCCCAGCCUGCUCAUUGUCAUCCUCUCGUGGAUUUCCUUCUGGAUCAACAUGGACGCUGCGCCUGCCCGCGUGGGCCUGGGCAUCACCACCGUGCUCACCAUGACCACCCAGAGCUCUGGCUCCCGAGCAUCCCUGCCCAAGGUGUCCUACGUGAAAGCCAUUGACAUUUGGAUGGCGGUGUGCCUGCUCUUCGUGUUCUCCGCCUUGCUCGAGUACGCCGCUGUCAACUUUGUGUCUCGGCAGCACAAAGAGCUGCUCCGGUUCCGGAGGAAGCGAAGACACCACAAGAGCCCCAUGUUGAACCUGUUCCAGGAGGAUGAGGCUGGAGAAGGCCGCUUCAACUUCUCUGCCUACGGGAUGGGCCCGGCCUGUCUGCAGGCCAAGGAUGGCAUCUCGGUCAAGGGCGCCAACAACAACAACACCACCAACCCCCCUCCUGCGCCCUCCAAGUCCCCCGAGGAGAUGCGGAAACUCUUCAUCCAGAGGGCCAAGAAGAUCGACAAAAUAUCCCGCAUCGGCUUCCCCAUGGCCUUCCUCAUCUUCAACAUGUUCUACUGGAUCAUCUACAAGAUUGUCCGCAGGGAGGACGUCCACAACCAGUGA